GCUUGUUACGGUGUUACGUUGGUGAUUAAUCUGGAUAAAGAAGAAUGUCACGAAAGUGGUUCAAACGUAGCGAGAGUACAGUCAGACCACCAGACAUACCGAGAUAGCCUUUCGAGCUUGGAGGAAAUAGCCAAUUCGGUGGUUGUCAAAGACGGGGAGUCGAAGUCCGCAGGAUGCGGGAAGAGUAGAAGAAGGCUAAAGCUGAGCUUGAGCGACAGGAUAAAACCGUCGAAGAGGAUAGUGGUCAGCAAAGGCGAUCGUCCCGAGAGAUCAGUGGUUUGUGAGUUAGUUUCGUCGGUGCCAAGGGACGAGGGGGUGGACAAGGUUGACAGACUGAGCGUGAACCACGAAGCCCAGAGGGCGGCGAAGUUGUCGAGGAACGAUUCGUUCCUUAAGCGUCUCGUCAAGUCGUCGAGAGAGAACAUUGCCGAGGGUUGCGAAAGGCUCGUGAGGAACAUCCAGAAGAGUCCGCUGCUCCUCAGGAGAAAGCUGCUUUCCAGCAAGAGUUCCGACAGCUUGGGAAGCGUCCAGAGCGAGGAACGUCCAGUGGCUCCUCUCAGGAGGAAAAGAUCGCGGAAAAGACCCCUCGGCGAUCAGGGGCUGACCAGAAACUCGUUGAGGCGUUCGAAUUGGCUCAAGGUGCAGAAGGCAAAUCGCGAGGCUAAGGAGCAGGGAAGGGAGACAGAGGAAAAUCAUCAUCCGGACCGAGGACCGGAACCGGAGAAGCCGUCCUCGGCCGGGGCCAGUCCGAGGCUUCCGAGACCGGAAACGCCGAUAACCGGUGGAUCGAGGUUGUUUCGGGAAGUCGAGAGUCAUACCAGCUCGAAAAGCGUGUCCGUAGAGGACGUUGACGAGCUUAUAAGGUCCGAAGACAACUUCAGACUUCUCGAAGAGCGCGCAUUGCUUCGCAGGAGGUUGGAGAAGUUCGGGAGAAACGAGCUUGUUCCUGAUUUCUGCGUUGGGAGAACUGGGAGUCAAGAGACCUUGGAACGCCAGAACGUUCCUCCCGUAUGGUCGAGAUUGUCCGACCAAAUUCGGUCCAGCAUUCCUGGCGGUGAGGCCAGGAGGUCGACUCUUCGGACACCGGAGGUUAAUCGGAGAAAUUUCGAAGGGUUGAACUCGGGUUCGCAAAUAUUUGAGGGAUCGAGAUCGGGCGAGGAGGAUUUGGUCCGAGCAAAGGGACGCGGGGGAGCCGCUGCAGCGGGCAAGUUGAAAUCUUCCCCGCCGCCAGAAGACGCCUUGUCGUUUCAGAGGCCACGGGAACGUUUGAUUCGCGAUAACCCCGAGGUCUUUGAUAACGACGUUAGACUCCAGUCGACACGGGCUAGCAGUCGUUCGUCGCCGUCCAAGGCAGAAAACGAAUUUUUAGUUAAGCGAAUAAAAUGCAGAGUUGCAGAAUUCAACAGUUGCACGAACACCAAGGAACGCGACUGCGGUGGGGAGUCGGCUUCUUCGGAUCGGUUUCCAGUCUUACUUUACACGGAAACUUCCGUCAGCGAGGAAGACACUCGACCCGCUGAUCACCUUUCCUCACUUUGCGCCGAUAAUCCGAAGCCAGCACCCGGUGACCGGAUUCCUUCGAAGGAAGGCAACCCCUUAAGAGUUGAGAGGGAAGUAGAAGAAAGAGAAGAGGGGGUUGAGAUAUCGUUGAGCGGAGACUUUAACGUGGAAAGGAAACCGUCGGUAUCUUCGAACGACGACUCAAAGUUUAGCUUGGACUUUAGUUUCGGCCCUGUCAACUCGACGACGGGUCGUAGCAACAGAAGUGCGUCGAACGAGACCAUAGACUGGGAGGUUUUACUGGAUAGGAGUGAAUUUAGCGAGGUUAACUCGCCCCUGCAGACACGUCGAGCUUCGAUAGAUUCGCGGAGUAUCGGUAAUAGUUCAAGUUCCGUUUUAUCAUCCGGCGAAAAGGGCGUCGAGUGCCUCUGCGAACCUGAUUUGGACUUGGCUCGUGUGUUUAAGAGUGGUGAAAAUAAGUUUAGUGAAAAAUUAGUGUCCGUCGAGGUGGUGGAAUCGGGUCGAUCGGCGUCACCUUCCGAACGUAAUUCCUCUUCUACUUCGUCUUCCGAAGACGGUUUCGAGUCCGGCGAUAUAGCGCCGAUUUACAACGGUAAAGACAAAGUUCCUAUGUCUAGGCUGACCAAAGAUUCAAUCAUGAAGAUAACCAUCAGGAUGAUCAGGCUUCGGGAGAGGUUCAUCCUCGGUCUUAGCGCUUUUGCAAUUCUCUUCACGCUCCUCCUCGUCGUCGACCUUCAGAUGGACCUCGGGUACAGCGGACACCAUUUGGUUCCGAGUCACGGUAGGGUUAGAAUAGGCGAUGAUCCGGAUCAAGAAACUGUCUACAAUAGCUUCCGGAGGAAGUUCUUGCAGCGGCCAAACGCCAGCAAGGAAAUAUCGAGCUUCGACGCCGCUGGAACCGCCCAGUCCUCCAAGGGUGACAAGACGCCCUCCGAAAAUGCACUGAAAUCGGUGAAGUCCGAUAAGCCGGAGGUUCACGACGACUUCGCUGACCUCGUCGACAUCGCCGAAAACGGCUACAACGUGAACGUCGACGAUGGCGUAGUCAGGAUCAGCGGCGAGGACUACAGCCACAAUCCCACCAUCGGCAGUCUCAAUCACAUUCAACCAAAGAAAAACGGCACCAUUCUCGAGAGAUUUCAGCUCGAGAUUUCGAGGCUAGAGUUGUACCCAAAGAAUUCGAUCCUGAUUGACCAGCUUCUCGAUCACAUGGCGACAAUGCCGAUUCGCCAUGUCGUUCAAAAGGAGGGUGGAACGCAGCUGAAACUGGUGAUCGAGUAUCCGGACGAUACGCAAGCGCUCUUCAAACCCAUGAGGUUUCCAAGAGAGCAGCAAACGCUACCGAAUCAUUUUUACUUCACCGACUUCGAACGACACAAUGCGGAAAUCGCCGCCUUCCAUUUGGACAGGCUUCUUAAUUUCCGGCGAGCAAUGCCCGUGAUCGGCAGGAUGCUGAACGUAACGACUGAGAUCUACGAAGUGGCAGACGGGGACCUUUUGAAAACAUUUUUCGUCAGCCCGGUUGGGAAUCUCUGUUUUCAUGGAAGGUGCAGCUAUUACUGCGACACCGCUCACGCGGUUUGCGGAAAUCCCGACACACUCGAGGGGAGCUUCGCCGGUUUUUUACCGGCCAACGCCAUCGGCGCUAGAAAAGUUUGGAGGCACCCUUGGCGGCGGAGUUACCACAAGCGAAGGAAGGCGCAGUGGGAACAAGAUUCCGAUUACUGCUCCUUGGUUCGUGAGAUUCCGCCAUACGACGAGGGCCGUCGACUCCUCGACUUGGUCGACAUGUGCGUCUUUGAUUUCCUCACCGGAAACAUGGACCGGCAUCACUACGAGACCUUCAAGAUAUUCGGCAACAACACCUUCACUCUUCACCUCGACCAUGGACGGGGUUUUGGCCGGCCAUAUCACGACGAGACUUCCAUUCUCGCCCCGCUUUUGCAAUGCUGCGUUAUAAGACAGAGCACCCUUUCAACCCUGCUUCAGUACCACAAUGGGCCGAUUCGUUUGAGCACAGCCAUGCGCAAGAGCAUGUCAGUCGAUCCUGUCGCUCCGAUUUUGUGGGAGCCUCAUUUUGCAGCGUUGGACAGACGCGUCGGCAUUAUUCUCCAGGGUGUCAGAGACUGCGUUGACAAAAGUGCGAUGUCCGAGCAGGUUGUGCGACGGGACAGACACUGAAGGACUCCGGAUAUUACCAUUUUUAAACAAUAUUAAUAUCGACGAUAUCCUGCUUACGCCGUUGAUAUAAUCGGAUCGAUCGAUCGAGUGCGAGAGCAUCAGCGAACGAAUAAUUAGGAUAUCUUAUCAAUAUAUCAAUAUUUUCCAAAGAUGACUUUUGUAUGAUAUAACGUAUUAGUUAUGUUUUAUAAUGACGAAAAAGAUACACGAUACCGUAAUUGUUAAAUUUGGUAAUAAUCGUUUCACUGCGAUGUAUAUAUAAUAUUAUUAUAGAAGAGGUUUUAGUUGUUUUUAAUAUUCAUUUUUUCAAUCAAAUAAUUGUGUAAAUUCAAUAUUCUGCGUCGCUAUGUAAAUAUGUAUACCUAACAAUCGUGAUAAUAUCUGUCGAGGCGAUUGAACCACCGACAAAUUUAUUUUAAACUUACAAUAAGUAACGCACAUCGGAUGAUGCACGAUUUGUUUUAUAAAUGAUAACUAGUGAUUGAAUAUCGUGGAAUAGCGAUAUGGUGCAGAAAUAGUUAUUAAAUAUGUUGUUCAACAGUUAUUUCAACGUAUCGAAGAUACGCUGAAUUUUCAGAUUAUAGUUUUAAAUAGUUCAAACGGGGAAAUAAAAAUCAAGUCAUUAACAGUUGACAGUUUAUCGCAAAUCGAAUAUCGCAAGGGGUAAUGUGCAAUGUAAGUCAGAAAAUCUCUGUAAAUAUGUAUAAAAUGCGGGCUAUAUACAAAGUUGUAGUAUACAGUUAAAAUUUUUAAGCCUCAAGUUGUACAACAUAUAAUAAACGCAACGUACAGUAGAUAUUUCGAGUAUCAUUGUUCCAGCUUAGGGAUUAAACCAGCUGUUAUAAUGCGGCACUGAACGUAUAAUAAUAAUAGAUAUGUAUAUUUGGCGCCGAAAAUUUUGUUGUAUAAUAAAAUAGAAUGUCUUAGGGGUAAUGUACCCGAAUAUCAUCGUAUUGCAAAUAUGAGGGCAGUUUUUUAAAGUACACUACCCGGAUCAUUUUUACCAUAGCUACUAUUAUGAAUAUACAACCUAUUAUAUACUUGUAAGUUAUUAUAUUUAUACGCAUUAUAUACCUAUCUCGAAAUUUGUAAAUAAAUUAUCCUGGCUUGAGAAACCAAAAAUUUUCAUUUUGUCAGCGAACAUUCGACAAAAUUAGAUGUAUGGAAUAAUGUUGGUCGUAUUUAUACGUGUAAUAUACCUUGUCGUAUGUUCGUUUGAAAAAAAAAGAAGACGAUACUAUCAUCCUAUAUACAUAUGUAUAGUGAACAUAAGGAUCUGGUACAUAAUUAAAUUUCUCAACAAAUAGGUCUGUUCGGUACUUUUCUUCCAACGUCUUCGUCUCGAUAAAUGAAUUCCCAAAGGAGAAAACUAAUGGUAAUAACUGCAAGUGUAAAAAAAAUAUAUGUUGUUAUUUUUGGACUGUGCAUGUAAGGCUGUACAUAAUCAUAAUAAUAUUCUUACGCAAAUAAAAGUAUAGAAAAUAUCA